AUGACGAAUGAUAACGACGAAGCAAUACAAAACGAAACUUGGUACACUGGAAAACCACGACCCGUGGCAUCAAAAAAACCUACGAGAUCGUUGCAAGUGAUGAUGAAAUAUAAAAACUCAGGAAAAAUAAAAAAGUUGUUUGACUACCGAGGACCAAAAGAUAUUGCGAGCAAAUAUUGGAAUUUUACAGAAAUAAAUAUGGGACAUGAAAUCGAUGAACCAUUCGAAAGAUGUCCAAAGGUUUGCUCAGCCGCAGCUGAUAUUGUUCUAUCGGACAUAACGGUGGCAAAUUCUGCAUGCGAAGACGAACCUGUUGAUGUUGAUGUACUUGAAGGUGAGCAGUCUAUCGGAAUGAGUAUGAAUAUACAACUUCACGAUGAGAACAAUAAAACCCUUACGGCGUGCGGCUCACUUUGGCAACAAAACUGCGGUUAUUCAAAAGAAGCUACUGGAAUAUGUUACGAGAUUACUAGUAAUACUUCGCAACCUAGAGCUAUAAAAAAUCCUGGAUCAACAGGAUGCAUCCGAGGUAAAAUCGACAUUGUUCUUCUUAUUGAUCAAUCUGGCAGUGUCAAUCAAUGUAAUUUUCAAAAAGUAAAACGUUGGCUGAGAAAUAUCGUAAGAGGUUUUACCAUUGGUCCAAAUGAUCAAGACAUUGGUAUUGUGAUCUACAGCAGUGAAGAGUAUACGAGUGCUACAUUCGAACUAGGAUUUGAAAAAUACGGAAAUAGCGGGACAGAAAAAAGAUGGAAAAUGCUGGAAGGUUUGCGGAAACUACCGUAUGAGGCUGGGAAAACAUAUACAGGACUUGCGUUCAAAUUUGCGAACGAACUUUUAUGGGGACCGUCCGCCAGACCCGACGCGAAGAAAAUGGUUAUUUUACUGACUGACGGAGAAACUUCUGUCGAAGACAAAUCUCAAUUGAUCACUCAAGUCAACAUAACACGCUCCGGAAAUGCAACUAUUCUAGCAGUUGGGGUCGCAAAAUUCAAUGCUUCAGAACUUAUAAGCAUCAGUGGGACUUCACAAAACUUUUUUCCGGUCAAGGACUUCUCACAAUUGGAGCAAGUACGGGAUACUUUAAGACAAAGCGUUUCUUAUUCAAAUUUAGAAGGUUCGAAAGGGUCAGAUUCUAUGCAAAAUUGUCAAAUGGGAUUUUCAUUGCAUCGCAACAAGGCAGGAAACGUUAUCAAACAUGAAGAAUUGAAAGGCGAAGACAUAGAAGAUCUUCAACUUAAUGCAACAACUUCAAAUAUGUGGUCGAAGAAAAACAUACCGUCAAAUUUGACGAAUAAUUCAGAAGAAUCAGAAAAAUUGAAAACAUCUAGCGGAUUUUCAAUACCAACUAGAGAGGAACUAGAGGAAGUUUUAGGUGGAAGCAUGGAUGACUCUUAUUUCGGAUAUGCGGUAACAUCGGGUAACUUUUACGGUACUUCACAAGGAAGGUAUAUCGCAGCAAGCGCACCUCGUUAUGCAAGAACUGGUGUUGUUGUAAUAUAUAAAUCCGAUCAUCCUCGACAUAUUACAAAGGAUCAAGUUUUACAAGGAGAACAGCUUGGCGAAUAUUUUGGUGCCACACUCUGUGCUGUAGAUCUGAAUAAUGAUGGAUACGACGAUCUUCUAGUUGGCGCUCCAUUAUACACUGAUCAAACUUCUGACGAAGGCAGGGUUUAUGUUUACAUGGGAGCUAAAAAUAUGUCCUUGAAGCCAGAUUACAUACUUGGAGGAUCAAAUCUUCCAUUCUCGCGAUUUGGAAUCGUUAUUACUUCUGUUGGAGACAUUACAUUGGAUAUGUUUCCAGAUAUUGUAAUAUCUGCAACGUAUGAGGAAGGAUAUGGAGCCGUAUAUUUAUUCAGUGGGACAAAGUAUGGUAUUGAUAGUAAAUACACUCAAAGGAUCAGUGCAUCUUCUUUCAAAAAUAAACCAGGUUUCGGUUUGUUUGGUCAAAGUGUUGCUGGGGGCGUUGACGUUGAUGAAAAUGGCUACCCGGAUAUAUUAGUUGGAAGUCCUGGUUCAGAUGAAAUCGUCAUACUAAAGACACGACCAGUUGUUAAAAUUGAUGCAACAUUUGCUAUCACAACCCCAAUGAUAGACAGAAAAAAUGAUAACUGUUGGAGACAAAAUACAACGAUUGAUGAAUACAGCAAUUCUGCCUGUAUUGCAUGUACGGUUUGCUUCUCGUUUCACGGACUUUCAGUACCCCCUGGAAUCGGAAUCCAUUAUUCUAUAUCACCCGAUGUCAAUGUGGCUAACUCUAGAGUAGGAUUUUAUGGCAAAGAAGAAGACAAUCCCAACCUGAAGCAAGGCUCUAUCACUUUAUGGAAGGCUAAUUUGAAAAACUGUGUGAAUCAUUCAAUGUACUUGAAGGAACAUAUCAGAGACAUGAUGACAAACUUAACUUUUGAACUGGAAUUUGACAUGGAUGAAUUCAAAUUCAACGAAACUGAUGAUAUAUACCAUGGAAGCAAACUAACGCCGGUUUUAGAUUUUUCAGCGAUAAAAACAGUACCAGCUACAGCAUUCUUCAAAACAUACUGCGAAGACACGUCCUCAUGUGUUGCAGAUAUUUCAAUCGCACAGUCAGACCCAGUCGAUGAAGACGGAUUAAAAAUAAAUGAGUACGAAUUGUCAAUAAUAAAAUUGCUGAAACUAAAAUUGGAAUUAGAAAACAGAGGUCCAGAAGAUGCACACUCAGUAAUUGUUACAGUGGAAUAUCCAUCGUCUUUUAUAUACAGUUCAAUAACGGAGACCCAAUGUUUUGAAUACUUGAAAGAAUCUAACAUGAAUGAAACAUUUAACAAGUUAUUUUUUGUAUUGUCGAAGACUUUCAUUAGCUCAAACCAAAAUUGCAGAGGGAUGAUCAUAUUUCUAGCGACACCUAGCGUGCAACCAGCAACAACAAAAUCAAUUAGUUUUUCCAUCAACGCAUCAACAGUUAGUAAAGACAUCAACAACAAUGACAAUGUGAAGAAAUUGAAAAUACCGAUUAAAUAUAAAUCUUCUUUCAAUCUUAAUGGAGCAAGUUAUCCACCAUCAAUAUCAGGUUUCAUCUAUAAUUCUACAAAUUCGUCAAAUGGAAUUUUUUCCAAUUUUCAACAUGUAUAUUCGAUUGUGAAUACAGGUGCAUUUGCAUUUCAUAAUGUCAGGAUAAUGAUUGAGUGGGAAACUUGUGCAACGCAGGAUGGAUUUCCAUAUUUUACAAAAUAUCUCAAUCACAAAAUUUGUGAAGACCAAAAACAAGUCCAGUGCGUGACACAGACAACAAGUAAUAUUUUAUUACUAAGAAACGAUUCAGGAAUUUGCAAUAACCCGCAAAAUAACUCAUGCAAAUCAAGUUCAGCGGUAAUAUGUCCAACUAUAGAUAUUCAUAUUGGCAACAUUCCGGCAAAUAAAUUAGUAUAUCUGACGAUGGAUGGAGUUGUUGAUUUAAAACAAUUCAAAAACUUGAAAAACCAACUUUCAUUAACAACAGUACUCAGCAUAACAAUGGAUCACAAAAGCCGGUUUAAGUUUUCAAAAGAACAAAUAUACGAACGUUCUGUAAGUUGUAUCUUACUUUACCUUCUGACGCGUAUAAGUCAGUGUUUAUUACACAAAAAUCUGUUCAAAUCAGCUCUAGUGUCCUCCUCUAAAACUGAAAAAGAUCUCAUAGAAAAACCCGAGCCAUCGCACUUAAACUUAUACUUUUUCUUGUAUAUGCGAGCUUCUACCUGCAAUAGAGUUGCCAGUAGUUAGCGAUUAAUACGAGAUAGUAUUGGUACUAGUUAGUAAUAUCAGGAAAGAGGAAUAGGAAACGAAUUCCACAACGAGGAGACUUGGAGAAAAAACUUUCAACAUAAAAUUUCCUCGAUAAGCCGGAAAUUAUGUAGCCAAGGAUCAAUUAAUCGUUUGGAGAAAAGAAUGUUAAGUAAAUUUAAUCCAUAUUGACAUUGAAAUUUCAUUUAAAAUCUAGAUUAUUCUUAUUAUCUAUAUACUCCAUGUGCUAAAAACGAUUCGCCCAUCACUUCUAGAAAUAUUUCAGUGCAGUUCUUAUUUUGCGAUUUCGACUGCUAUAUAAAUAAAGAAAUUUAUAGAAAUUUAUAGAUUCUCGUUUUGUUUUAUAAUAUUACUACUUUACUACUACAAAACAUUUUAUUUUAGAUUGCGACAAUAAUCUACCCACCGCGCGUGCAAGAUACAGUUACCGAAGUCAAGACAUUUUUUUCUAUACCAAUCUGGGCUUACAUACUCAGUAUCCUGGCCGGACUUCUAUUAUUAUUGAUAAUUCUUUUAAUUUGUAGAUGGGCUGGAUUUUUCGAGAGCAGAUACGCACAAAAGAAGAAAGACGCUCAAGAAGAUCUUCGAAACAUGACAGAACUCGAGCCGAUGAAUCCUCCAGAAUAACACGCGUAGAAUCAAAAGUUGGGUGAUAACUCGAGUUCGGCUUGAGUUUAAAAAGAAAAGAAAAAAUUUCUAAUAAAUCGAUUGAGAGAUCUAUCCACGGUGUGGAACGCACAAAUUGAUAUCCAUUUGGCAAUGUAUUGAGUGUAUUUUAGUUCGCGACCAUUCUAUGUUCGAGACUAGUUCGCGUCUAAAAAUGCUAACCAGCUCAACUACAUAUCGGUUCACAUUGAACUAUUGUUGCAAAAUAAAUUGCAUUUUUAUUAUGGUUUUUGACCAAUCAAGAAGUUUGCUGACAUAGUUACUUUUUAUUCACGUGUGCAACACAAUUUUUAUUCUUUUAAAAUGGUUUCGUAUUUCUGCUCAAAAAUGUCUCACUGGACAUGACAAAUGUUGAAAAUGUUCUUAAAUCUGAUUGAUCAAUUUAUAACACCAUGUGUUUUGAAGUCUGGAAUGUCAUGAGUAGCGAUGUUUGUUUCCUUCCUAACAAGUUCAUUGUGAAUUUCUUUUUUCUAUCACGUUAAUAGCAAUUAGAGUAAAAAAUUUCUUUCGUAUAUAUUUGAUAAAAAUCAUUUCCUUUCUGUUCUAAAUUUAAAAAAAACAGAGGUAAAUAAGUAAAACAGAAAUAUCCGAAAUUAAUCAGUUUCAAACUAAAAAACAAACUGAAACGUUGUUUAAAUUCAAUUACUAAUCGUUUUUGAUUUCAAAACAAGAAGUACAAAGGAGUCAAUGAGUAUCUAAUUUGAAUAUCUAAACAUGUUUACACGA